AUAAAUUAGUAUUUGCAGGAACAUACCACGUGGCAGUCAUGUCAGUGAGGCCCCAAUGCCCAUUGCUGUCCCUGUGGUGACCUUGCCCUACCACUCCCCACUCUCCUCCCUAUUUAUUCCGGCCAUCAUUGACACUCUCCGGCAGUUUUCUCCGGCAACUUUUUCCACUUCAUAUAUCUCUCUCUCUUCAUUCUAUAUAUACCCCACCCCCACCCUUCCUCCUUAUCCUUAAUGCUCUCUCAUGCACACACAUUUCACUAUUUCACAUACUUUUCAUAAAAAAAAAGUAGAAACCAACGGAUCUCAAUUGUGUAUUUGUGUUUGGGUUGUGAAAAGACAUCCAACACAUUACAAGUUACAAACCCUUUUAAGUUCUUGAUUAAAACUGAAUACAGAGAUGCAACACUGUCCCUACACCACCAUGAACAUCCCAGGCAACACCGUGGUCACCAGCGGCACCGACGUGAGCGUGUUCGAGCGACAACAAGCAAGAAUGAAGUGGCAACAACAACAACAAGAGGGUUUGUUUAAUGGGAAUGAUCAUCAAUUCCGGGGUCUGGUUGAAGUUAAACCAGACCCCGGAUUGCAAUACGGGUGGCCGGAUUUCAGUGAUGGGUGUCAAGGUCAGGCGAUCCCAUCCUUAAUGGAGGAUCAUAAUCUCAAGAAAAGGAAAGCCCAUGAAGAUCAGAAGCAAAAGGUGGUUUUAAAAGAAAAUAGUGUUAAAGAAAAGAAGAUAAAAGGGUGUUCUGAAGAAAAUUCUGCUGAAACUUCAUCAAAAGAAAAACCAAAGGCUGUAGAAGGUCCAAAACAAGAAUACAUUCAUGUUCGAGCUCGUAGAGGUCAAGCAACCGAUAGCCAUAGUUUGGCUGAACGAGUAAGAAGGGAGAAAAUCAGUGAGAGAAUGAAAUAUUUGCAGGAUUUAGUUCCAGGCUGCAACAAGAUCACUGGAAAAGCAGGAAUGCUUGAUGAAAUCAUCAAUUAUGUUCAAUCUCUUCAAAAACAAGUAGAAUUCUUGUCCAUGAAGCUUGCUACACUUCAACCCAGAUUAGAUUUUGACAUUGAUAGCCUAAUCAUGAAAGAGAUGUUUGAAGUUCCAGCAGUCGCGUACUCGGCUGAAGUGGCGAAUUCUGCUUAUUUUCAAGUAAAUUCGUUACUAGAAAUGGGAAAUAACCCGAUUGACGCGAUGUUAAGAAGAAGCAUUGGUGGUCCCGUUUCGAUUCCCGAAACAUUCGUUGUUUCAUCGUGUUUCAAUCAAAUGCAACCAGGUGUGACAUGGGAUGGUGAUCUACACAAUCUAUACAGAAUGGAAAUUCAACAAGAAUCAUCAACAAUUCCAUUUCAACCCCAUAAAUUUACUGGUUUAUAUGAAGGAAGCAAUUUGAAGAUGGAGUUGUAAAUCCAUUUGAAGAAUUCUUUUUGCUAUGAUUAAAUCUAAAUGUCUACUAAUUUUUAAUUAGUCAUUUUCCAAUGUAUAUAUACAUAUAUAUCACAUAUGUAAGCAUUCGAGAAACAAUAACGAGGAACUCAAGAGUUUAUCAUCAUAAUGAAUAUUUCCAUUUUCCA